CUUUCUCUCUCAGACUCAGAUCCAAUCAGAGCAUCGGUGAACCCUGAUAAACUCCUCAACGGCUGCCAAGCGGCAGUGUGACUGACUGACGGAGGCAGACAGACAUGGGGAGGCUGCUGGUGGCGGUACUGGUGUUGUGGACAUGGACCAGCUCAGCACUGGUCAGGGUCCCUCUGAGGCGGGCGCGUUCGAUUCGUACCCAGCUGCGAGCCGACGGCCUGCUGGAGGAGUUCCUGAGGGAUCACCGCGCCGACGUGUUUAACCGCCGCUACGCUCAGUGCUUCCCGCCCGGCACGCCGUCGCUGCGGCUCGGACGCUCCAGCGAGAAGAUCUACAACUUCAUGGACGCUCAGUAUUACGGUGAAAUCCGUCUGGGGACGCCGGAGCAGAACUUCUCCGUGAUCUUUGACACCGGCUCAGCCGACCUCUGGGUGCCGUCGUCCUACUGCGUCAGCCAGGCCUGCGUGUUGCACAAUCGUUUCAAGGCGUUUGAGUCGACUUCGUUUCGUCACGACGGCCGGAUCUUUGGGAUUCACUACGGCUCGGGACACCUGCUGGGAGUCAUGGCCAGAGACACACUGAAGGUCGCGGAUCUGACCGCCCUGAACCAGGAGUUCGGGGAGUCGGUCUACGAGCCGGGUGCCACAUUUGUAAUGGCGAAGUUCGAUGGUGUUCUGGGGAUGGGUUACCCAUCCCUUGCAGAGAUCCUUGGAAACCCCGUUUUUGACAACAUGUUGGCGCAGAAGAUGGUGGACAAGCCAGUCUUCUCCUUCUACCUCAGCAGGAGAAGAAGUGGCGAUAACCCAGCGGGCGAAUUGUUGCUAGGCGGAACAGACGAGGCGUUGUACAGCGGACCAAUUAACUGGCUUCCAGUGACUGCUAAGGGAUACUGGCAGAUUAAAGUGGACAGUGUGGCGGUGCAGGGUAUGAGUUCGUUUUGUCCCCGUGGCUGCCAGGCGAUUGUCGAUACAGGAACAUCCCUGAUUGCUGGACCGACCAAUGACAUCCUCAACCUCCAGCAGCUGGUUGGAGCCACACCCACAAACAUUGGAGAAUUUCUUAUCGACUGUGUCAGGUUGUCCAGUUUGCCUCAUGUGACAUUCGUCCUGGGAGGAACAGAGUACACACUGACUGCUGAACACUACGCUAGGAAGGUAACUAAUUGUCAGUUCAUGGCUGCCUCUCGUCUUCUUCGGCCAGUUAACCAAACAUGCUUUCACCCAGUUUUGAGCUGCGCCUGUUUUUGCAUCGACAAUUUUGUGCUAGCAAGACUUGUGAACUUUGAAGUCCCUACUGUCUGUAAAAAGGAGUCUCAGAUCUGCAGGUUUAGGUCUUUUGGCAGUUCCAGAGGGCCGAUCGAACUUUUGCUGUAUUGGCGCCUUAGCUUUGGAACGGUCUUCCAGUUAGUAUUUUGUCUGCUGAACUUUUUAUUUAUUUAUCAUGUUUUUGUUUGUAUAUGGGGCUUUGAAUGAAUAUUUGACCUGCACCUUAUUUUUUAGAAAUCUCUGAUUUAAUGUUUUUUUUUUUAAUGUCCUUGUCUAUGAAUUAUUGUGAUAUUUACUCUUUUCGUAUUCUUAUCCUAAUGGUAUCCCAUAUCUAGUUUUCGCAAUCCAUUUUACGUUACACUUCCUGGUCCUCGCAGGGUCCGAUGUCUCAGGUUGUCUAUAAGUGGAAGAAUGUUCUUAUUUCAAACACUAACUUGAGUAUUUGAAAAUGAUUUAUUUUGUAAAUAUGGAUAACAUUCAAAUUUCAAGACAUAUCCCUGUCUCUCUG